AUGGCUGGUGCACGCUCAUUCGAAUAUUUGGAUAAUGUAAACGGUACAGGGAAGGAAGAAUUUCCCUUCCAUGUUGUCGGGAGUGCUACUGCCUUGAUGCUGCAUUCCACUAUGACCAACGCUAACAUCCGUGGACCGUGGAGAAUCAUCCUUGGUGGCGUGCCACUCCACUUCCCUGCGCCGUUUGAAGGAUAUCGUACCCAACAGACGAGACCUAUCGUAGCUGGUUUCCGAGAUCGACGAGAGGAUUCGCCUGCUUUGACUGCUGAAUUCAUUGCACAUCCGUCUGUGCGGAAAAUCAACCUUCCAAAGGUUCUCGACGAUGCUGAUAUAGAUGCCGCGGCGAAAGGUAUCGUAUCCGGAGCCCUCCUCUACUCUGGCCAAAUAUGUUUCGUGAGGCGAUUGGAGAGGGGAACGAAGGUCCUCGUAGGGGACAUCACGAGGAAUGAUUCCGCGAUACAACCGCAUGUGUUCACAGGCGUUAAACCGGGUACUGGUCUGUCGGAGCGGGAAGUAGCUUUCAACAAGUUUUCAAUUACGAUCUUCGACAAGAUUGAUGAAGCGUUAGGACUCGCCAACAUGUCCGAUUACACGCUUUCUUCAUCUCUCUGGACGUCGAAUCUGGAUGCUGCAGAGAAACUGGCACCUCGGAUUCGAACAGUUGUCAACGGCUCCACAAUCCAUUCGGAGUCAUUCUUAGGACUUAUUGGACUUGGCGGUUCUUCGGGAUAUGGCUGGUUCAGUAUCGAAGACUUUACCGACAAACGUUUCGUAGUAUUUCCCACCCCACGCCAAUAUCCUUUAACGUCAUGA